UCAAGAGGACUCGACAGGAACUGAAAGAAGAAGACUGAAAGCCGCUCCAGGAUCGGUUUGAAUGAACCACCAGCUUUGAUAGUUUGUUCAUUUGUUUUGUCGAAGUGGUUUGUUAGGUUUUCUCGGACUUGUGUCCUGCUGUGUGACGUUAAAAUGUCCGGGAUCCCUCCAGACACGUGGCAGCCGCCCACCGUCGCUUUGGAGACCACGAUGGGCACGGUUCUGGUGGAGCUUUACUGGAGCCAUGCCCCAAAAACCUGCAAGAACUUCGCAGAGCUGGGCAGGAGAGGCUACUACAACAACACCAAGUUUCACCGGAUUAUCAAAGACUUCAUGGUGCAGGCGGGGGAUCCUACAGGAACAGGUCGAGGCGGUGCCUCCAUUUAUGGUAAACAGUUUGAGGAUGAACUUCACCCAGACCUGAAAUUUACAGGUGCUGGAAUUCUGGCCAUGGCCAACGCAGGACCAGACACCAACGGAAGUCAGUUCUUCCUCACCCUCGGACCCACGCAGUGGCUCGACGGGAAGCAUAGUAUUUUUGGAAGAGUGUGCCAAGGCAUGGGCGUGCUAAACCGGAUUGGGCUGGUGGAAACAAACAGUCAAGAUCGUCCGGUCGAUGAUAUUAAAAUUGUCAGAGCCAUUUUACCUAAUUAGACAAAAUGCCUCUUUUUAAUUUUUUUUUUUUUUAUUGCUUUUGAAAAUAAAUAUUAAAACUUC